CCGACUUUUGACCGUUAACUUGGACGGUCAAACGCGUUGACUAACGGUCAACGCGCCACGUCACUGCCAAGUCAACAAUUUUCACUUAAAUUUUUUUACAAUUUCCAUCUAUUAUCAUUUUUUUAUAUUUUGAACGCCAAAAAAAAGUUAAACAAAAAUAAAUCAAAUUAAAAAAAUAAACUCUUCAUCCCCUCUCUGAUCCCUUUCACUCCCCGCUGUCAUCUGCUCUCCAAAAAUCAUCUUCUGCUUAUCCUUCUUCCAUCACAAUCAACUGUAAAUGCCCCAAGUGUAAAGUCCAAUCCAUCUCCCCCGUCACCGCACCAGAGAACCUGGGUGAUUAUCCCCAAAAUUCCCAAAUCGUAAAUCAAAUAAAAUCUGAAGUCCAAACCUUUACUCGUCAUCAUCAUCGCCAAACGGAGGGAAAUGAAAAGAUUGGGUAAUGGUGAGCUUCCCUCCAUCCAUGGCGGCGAGUGCGAAAAUGGUGGUACCAAGGUCGAUUCCACAACUUUUCGCUCACCGCCCUUAGUGGAUCGUAGCUCCUCUGCCCUCUUUCGCUUGCUCCCGCUGCCGUCGUCGAGCCCCAGGGGAGGAAGGAAUCAGGCUCACCGACAAACUAGCAACAGCAAGAGGCCCGCCGCCGGGCUCGAGAAGAGGCAAUCGAGCGGGAGUGCGGGCGAAUGAGCCGGAGUGAGGGAUAACAUAGAGGGAUUCAUUAUCCUCUUUGAUCCCGAUCAACUGAUUGAGGACCUCUCUCUCGUUCAAAUCACGGAUCUAGGGUUUCAAGUUCUCGAAUCGUCGCCGAGUUCCUGGAUCCAAUGGCAAUGGAGUCGUCGGAUGGGGAAGAUGAAGGGAAAUUACGGGAGGAAGCCAUCAUCUGGUUGUGGUGGACGACCUGAGAGAGCUGGUGAACAUUCAAUUCCAUUUGGAGAGGAGACAACAACAGGGAGUGAAAGGGAUCAGAGAGGAUGGAAGGGUUUAUUUUUUAUUUUGUUUAAUUUUAGUUUUUUUUGGUUCAAAAUGUCAAAGAAAAAUGAUAAUAGGUGGAAAUUGUAAAAAUAUUUAAGUGAAAAUUGUUGACUUGGCAGUGACGUGGCGCGUUGACUGUUAGUCAACGCGUUUGACCGUCCAAGUUAACGGUCAAAAGUCGGUUCUGGCCAAAUUGUUUAUUUUGGUGUAUAGUUCGGGCCAGGAUGUUAUAGAUCGAAAAAAUUGGCCAGGAUGUUUAUUUUGGUCAAAGUUCAGGCCAUACGAAAAUAUUAACCCAUAAUUAAUCUACUCUAACAAACAAAGAAAAGACUAAACUAACUAAUUAGAAGGUGGAAGCUCACCUAGGUAAUGAUUCACCCUAGCCACUAGUCGGAUUGAUGAUUAAUGAUUAUUUAGCUCAUUUAACUAGUUAUUUAUAAUUUGGAGAGUUCUUAACAAGUUUUCAAUCUCGAUUAAAGAAAUCAAGACUCUCUUGAAUAGACUGGCUGCUUAGAAUGAUUUUAUCCUCAAUUAAGACUAGCUUUUUAGCCGGCCCGUUGGCCGGUGAGUUUAAUUUUAUCAUUUACAUUAAUCAAUUUAUCUAUAUGUUUAAACUAUUUUGAUUCUUCUAAAUUUUUUACAUUUGCAUUCAUUGUUGAGUAUGCGGUGCUUCUAUAAAUUAAAAAUUCUCAAUACUUAGCACAUUCACUUAUUAUGCUUUGAUUCACUGAUCAUAAAUCAUGUCACAAAUAUAUAUCACGUCCCAUAUAGAAUCUUAUGUCAAGAUUUGUCAAUAACGAUACUUAAUUUUUUUUGUCUUAUACAAUAUAUGUCAUUCAAUGAAUCUCGAGUUUGGGCGAACUCUCAACCAAUGAUGUUGCUCAUAUGAUGACAACUUAGUUAGAAUUUUUUUAUAAAGGUACUUCAAUAUUACAUAAAUUUGAUCAUCCCAAUUGAAAGUUUACUGUCUUGGUGUAAGAUCAUAUUUGUCUAACAAGACACUCAAUUUAAUAUCUUAUACAAUAUGUACGAAUUGUUAAUUCCUGAAGUUUAAUAUAGACUCACCCUCAACUAAUGGUCGUUGUUUAUAUGUUGGUUUAGAAUCUCGAUCCAAGAUACUCACACGCUGUCGAGGGUUCUAAUCUGAACAUGAUCCAUUGUUGUCUAACUUAUCAAAUAUGCAUUUGCUAAAAUUUAUUUAUCUUUGGUGUUUGUUUUGAGAUAAAAAUUCCAUUAUUCAUACUAAUAUCGUCAUUUUGUUGGUGUAAUGCCACAUCUAUUGUCAAUAUCUAAGCAUGAUCUUAUACUCUAAGUAAGAAAACGCUAUUUGGACCACGAAUUAACCGGAUUUGUGGGCAUGAUACUAUACCCUAACCCUUGAUGAGUGAACCCUAGGUCUUAGUUAUCUAAAUCAUUGAGUUUAACCCCUAAGAUUGUGCAUGUAAUUUGUUGCAUAGAUUUUAACGAAUCAUGCCCAUUGAUUUUUGUUUAUAAUUAAAUUGAUCUUAGGUAUGAGAUUUAUAAAUUUAAGGCCUAGAU